CCAUCUCAACCCAAAUCCCCACAAAUUCUUCUUACAAUUAGUCCGCGCAAAUAAGUUUUUAUCACAAUCACACCCCCCUCCCCAUUGGCUCCUUUUCAAGUUAUAAAUUAUUUUGUCGAUAAACAUGGCAGCCUUACCCUCAAGCACUUGGAAACACUUGUGAUUUGCAAUUAAAAAUAUCUCAAAAGAUAGAUUCUUACAUUAGCAUAAAAGUCCAGGAACCCCUCUAAAAAUCUGAAUCCUAUAUUAAUAUAGGUAACUUUUUUAUGUUUUUAAUAAACUUCAAUUUUUGUCCGCUAUUGAUUUUUUUGUCCGCAAUGCUAUUUGGCCUUUAAACUUUUUUAAAUUUUUAAUAAAUAUAUUUAAUUAAAUUUCGUUUUUUUUUUGAAUAAUUUGUUUUUAUUUACAUCUUAAUACUUUUUUGAUUUAUUUAUUUUUUUAAAUAUUUAUUCAAGAAAUGAGCCUUUUUGGAAGUACUGGGACUUCAACAAGUUCUUCACCUUUUGGGGCUAAACCUGGUGGGCUUUUUGGAGGAGCAACAACACAACAGCCAACAGCUUCGACUGUUCCCCAAGGAGAUAUUGAGUUACAACAAGUUUCGACUGACACCGUUCAAGCAUUAAAAUUUAAUCCUGCUGCACCCAACACUCCAAUAUUUCUUGCUGCUGGGUCGUGGGACAAUACUUGCCGAAUUUGGGAAAUUAAUGAGAAUGGACAAAGUGAACCUAAAGCUAUGCAGGAUUUGGGGGCUCCUGUACUUUCUGUGGAUUGGUUUGAGGACAGUUCAAAAGUAUUUAUUACUUGUUGUGACAAAAGUGUUCGUUUAUGGGAUUUACAAUCAAACUCAGUUGUUGUUGUUGGACAACACGAUGAUUGUGUUAAAUCUUGUCAUUGGGUGACUGCUUCUAAUUAUCAGUGUUUAAUGACUGGCUCAUGGGAUCGUUCAUUACGUUUUUGGGAUAUGCGUCAAUUACCAACAGUUUCUUCACUUGCAACAAUUAAUUUACCUGAACGUGUUUGGUGCUCGGACAUGAUAUAUCCUUUGGCUGUUGUUGGAAUGGCUAAUCGACACAUAAAAUCAUAUAAUUUGGAAGGACAACCACAAGAAAUUCAGGAUGUUGAAUCUCAAUUAAAAUAUCAAAACCGUUCCAUUGCAAUUUUUAAAAAUAAAAUAAAUAAUCAACCUGGAGGGUUUGCGCUUGGGUCUAUUGAAGGUCGUGUAGCCAUUCAAUGUUUGGACGCAAAGGACAAUAAAGACAAUUUUACUUUUAAAUGUCAUCGAUCUUCAGAAUUAAUUAAUGGCUUUCAGGAAAUUUAUCCGGUAAAUGUCGUAGCUUUCCACCCAAUCCACCAAACACUUUGUACUGCUGGUGCGGAUGGACGUUACUCAUUUUGGGAUAAAGAUGCACGUACUAAACUUAAAGGAUCUGAUGCUAUGGCAUUGCCUAUAACUGCUUGUCAUAUACACCAAGGAGGAAAUAUUAUGGCUUAUUCUAUUGGUUACGAUUGGAGUAAGGGCUCAGAGUACAGCUACCCAACGAAUGUUACUAAAAUUUAUUUGCAUGCUUGUAAUGAAGAAAUGAAGCCACGAGUUAAGAAAUGA